UACUGUUGUGUAUGUGUUGUGAGAGUUCGGUUUAUCUUAAAAUUAGAUAGCCUAAUACAUAGCAUAUAGAUUUGAAUUGUAUUUCACGUUAAAAGGCAGGAGUUUUCCCUCCACCGGCCUCUAGGCGGUGCGAUUUCUUCCUUCGGCACUUUCUUUGUUUUUCCAUCUCUCGUCCGUUGCCCGUGAUCUCUAUCAUAUACGGUGGCUGGCAAUUUUUUAAAACAUUUUUAUGAUGGCGGAGGACAGUGAAUCCGCGGCCAGUCAGCAGAGCCUGGAGCUAGACGACCAGGAUACCUGCGGGAUAGACGGAGACAACGAAGAGGAGAAUGAGCAUAUGCAAGGGAGUCCAGGGGGCGAUUUGGGGGCCAAGAGGAAGAAGAAGAAGCAGAAGAGGAAGAAAGAGAAGCCAAGCUCGGGGGGAGCCAAGUCCGACUCUGCCUCUGACUCUCAGGAGAUAAAGAACCCUGGCUUGCCCAUUCAGAAGCUGCAGGACAUCCAAAGAGCCAUGGAGCUGCUGUCCUGCCAGGGUCCAGCAAAGAGCAUCGAUGAAGCAGCCAAGCACAAGUACCAGUUCUGGGACACCCAGCCUGUGCCGAAGCUAAACGAGGUGGUGACCAGUCACGGGCCGAUAGAAGCAGAUAAAGAGAACAUUAGACAGGAGCCAUAUUCCUUACCUCAAGGCUUUAUGUGGGACACUCUGGAUCUCAGCAAUGCAGAUGUACUGAAGGAGUUGUACACAUUGUUAAAUGAAAACUAUGUGGAGGAUGACGACAACAUGUUCAGAUUUGAUUAUUCACCAAACUUUCUCAAAUGGGCUCUGCGUCCACCCGGCUGGUUGCCACAGUGGCAUUGUGGCGUGAGAGUGUCCUCAAAUAAGAAGCUUGUUGGCUUCAUCAGUGCCAUCCCUGCAGAUAUACGCAUCUAUGACACACUGAAAAGGAUGGUUGAAAUCAACUUCCUGUGUGUCCAUAAGAAGCUGCGUUCAAAGCGCGUUGCUCCAGUGCUAAUAAGAGAGAUCACACGGAGAGUGAACAUAGAAGGAAUAUUCCAGGCAGUAUACACAGCAGGAGUGGUACUGCCUAAACCUGUGUCCACAUGCAGGUAUUGGCAUCGUUCUCUGAACCCCAGAAAGCUUGUGGAAGUUAAAUUCUCCCACCUGAGCAGAAACAUGACCCUGCAAAGAACCAUGAAGCUCUACAGACUACCAGAUAGCACCAAGACCCCAGGUCUGCGGCCGAUGGAGAGGCGUGACAUCCGCCAGGUCACCGAACUGCUACAGAAAUUCCUGAGACGUUUCCAGCUUGCACCUUCUAUGGGAGAAGAGGAGGUGGCUCACUGGUUCUUCCCACAGGACAACAUAAUUGAUACAUUUGUCGUAGAGGGUGCCGGUGGUGUACUUACAGAUUUCGUUAGUUUCUACACUCUGCCCUCGACUGUGAUGCAUCACCCUCUCCAUAGGAGCCUGAAGGCGGCGUACUCUUUUUACAACGUUCAUACACAAACCCCACUACUGGACUUAAUGAAUGAUGCACUGAUCCUGGCCAAGCUGAAAGGUUUUGAUGUGUUCAAUGCCUUGGAUCUAAUGGAGAAUAAGGUGUUCCUGGAGAAGCUCAAGUUUGGCAUAGGAGAUGGAAAUCUGCAGUAUUACCUCUACAACUGGAAAUGUCCCCCUAUGGACCCUGAUAAGGUUGGCCUCGUCCUUCAGUAGCAGGUCUCUUCACGGCUGCUACUCAAACGCUGAUCAAGAGGCCGUUAGCAACCUCUGCCUAUUCCUUACCUGGACAUACAGGUAGCCCAAGCUAGACUAUGAGAACUACAACAGUAAAACCAACCUGGAGACUGGGAGACGGUUCAAGAACAUUCUCAGUUCACCUGGAGGGGAAAACUCUUACAUCAACAUCCUGAAUGUGAAGUCAUGCUAUGCCUGAGAUACUCAUACAGUACAGCGCUCCUGCCAUGCACACUCACAUUUAAAACAUACUAGUUUGAAAUAUAAGAGGAUGCCUUGACAUUGUCAAUUUUGUUUAGUUCUUCUUCCUCAGCAGAUGUGUCAUUACAAGGGACUGGCAUGUCAUUCAUUUCACGGACAUUGAACUACGUAGAUAAUAAUCAACCAGUAAACGUGACCACAAUACCAAGCGAUACGUUAUUGUUUCCCCACUGCAACUGCAGUAUAGAGGGUCUUAAAAGCAUUUUAAAGAGUUAUUCUCUCCUUCUCA